GUCGACAAUCAGCUUCAGACGUUAGAUUCAGAAUGAGUGAAGACCAAGAACUCUUAGCCAGGAUCGGCCGCCUUGCUGGGCAAAUCAACCAGCACAAGAGUCAACUUACGCCUCUCUCACGCGGCGGUUACGCUAGCGCCCCAUCGCAUACCAGCUAUGGUAGCAUUCACAGGCCUCAUCCUGGCUGGGCACCUUAUCGUGGACGUGGCCGGCCUCCUUCAAGACGCGCUGCUGGACCCCAUCGCCACCGAACUCUCGUCCUCAAUAACAAAACACCCAACCCCGACACUGCGGAUAGCAGCUCAUCUACCACUGUACCUGGCGACAUGAAUGUCGAAGCAAAACCGCCACAGCAAACUGGGUGGGUAGCGAAACGCGAUCGUCACAUGCAACUUAUCAAUACCGCAAUCUACGACCAGGAAGCCCAAGCGAGAACGAAAGCUAUUGAAGAGACCCGCAAGCUAAAGGCACAGAAAAAAGCGGAGCUGGAAAAAGCGAAAGUCUUAAGAUUUGCGCAGCAUAUUGUUGCUCCGACUGCAGAAGCCGCCGCUGCUGGUGUACGUCCGGAUUCAUACAAGAUCGUCAUACAAGAAAUCCCCUUCCAAGUUAUUAAAGGAGGGAGCAAGUUAAUCCGAUUAUCAAAUGACCCCACAGCCGCAAAUGCGACUCCGAAAAAAGUAAACGUUGGUGGCGUGACAUUUGUCAGAAGCAAGAACGGGAACCUACAUCGGUUAGGGGCCGUGGUUUCAAAGAAGAAAACCGGGGCUGUUAGGAAAAAGGAUGAACUCUGCAAGAGAUUUACUGCGACGGGUUCCUGCUAUAAGGGGCCUAAGUGCUCAUAUAUUCACGAUCCGAAUAAGGUUGCCAUCUGCAAGGAAUUUCUUCAAACAGGUAAAUGCAGUGCAGGACCAUCGUGCGAUCUUUCGCAUGAGCCAUCACCAGAGAGAUCUCCUGCCUGCGUCCACUUCAUUCGUGGCCGCUGUUCUAACCCCGCAUGUCGAUAUGCGCACAUCCGAGUGACACCAGGAGCGCCAGUGUGUCGGGAUUUUGCUAUCCUGGGAUACUGCAGCAAAGGUGACCAGUGUCAGGACCGCCAUGUUAUAGAGUGUCCAGACUAUGCGAACAUGGGCAAGUGUGCCAAGCAAAAAUGCCCGUUACCGCACAUUGACCGAGCGGGCCAAAUCCGCAAACUCGCCGCUAAUAAGGCAGAUAACAACACCCACGCUACGGAAAAUCCAGGAGAAUAUGCGGACGAUGUAUCUAGUGAAGAGGAGGCAUACGACGAGAUUGAUUCUGAUGAUGUUGAUUCUGAUGAGCUUGAUGACGACGAACCCGAAGUGAUCAUCCCUGGUGCACAUGCAGGAGAAGAGGUCACCCAGCAACACGACUUCAUCAAAUUCUAAGUAUCUGUUCAUGUCUGAUCUAACAUACAUGCAUACACACAGGGCCAGAUUUUCUCUACCAUAGAGCUGGAUCUCUGUACCCUUCCAGAGUGCAACAUGGCCGACAACUGUUCCAGGAUACCCAUACUCAAAGUUAUCCCAGGCGUUGGGAAUAGCUAAAAUUCAACAUCCCAGACAAAAAGCACAAAUUCUUCAUUUGAACCCCAUCGGGGAGAUAUCAUAUCACUCCCUAUCUACCACAUGUACUAUCGUUGCGAUGGUGCAUUUUCCCUGCUUUUCUUUUCCACGACAGCAUUCAGAUUGCAUGGUAUUGUCUUACCUCUCUCGCUGUGAUUCCCCUGGGAACUGCUUUGCUAGAUUUUCGGGAGAGGGGUUUAUUUCCCUUUACAUAUGCCGCACAGCCAUUAGUGAUUUCUUUUUUCUACAUUGGAGCAGGCGUUUUGUAGUAUCCUAUCCAUUCAUGGCUCAGUAUUCAUUAUCAUGAUAUAUAUAUUUUGGAGAAGCAGAAUUUUGUUCUCAUCUAUUACGCGAAAGAGAAUAAUGGACAAGAAAGAAAAGAAAAGUAAAAAGUAAAUGAAAUAAAAAUAGUUACUUCAA